CGGCGAUUAAUGAGCAGAGCCGCGAAUUAAUACUCUCGGCGCGGCCCCCGGGCGCUGCCGGUACCGGUUACUGGUCGGGGGGCAGCCGUCCCGCCCGCUCGGCGCGCCGCGGUCCCGGCCGCGCAGCCCCCUGCCCUCCAUCCCAGGCGGGGGCGAUGGAGAGCCACGCGGCCGCUCUGCCCUCCGCCGCGGCGCCCGCCUCUCUGGUUUCACCAGGCCCCGGAAGCGGCAGCGGGGCGAUGGCGGCAGCGGGCCCGGCGGCAAGGCCGGCGGCGGCGGAGCUGCAGCCGGAGAAGAACGGCGGGGAGCCGGAGGGCGGCUUCGGGCAGCUGCUGGAGGAAGCGGAUGCGAGGGAGGACGCCGGCUACGUGCCCUACAGGGUCAGGAAGGAAUGGGCAGAUAUUGAACCUAUCCCUCAGAACGACGGGCCAAAUCCUGUUGUUCAGAUCAUCUACAGUAAAAAAUUUCAAGACGUCUAUGAUUACUUCCGGGCGGUUCUGCAGCGGGAUGAGAGAAGCGAAAGAGCUUUCAAGUUAACAGCAGAUGCCAUUGAGUUAAAUGCUGCAAACUACACAGCAUGGCAUUUCCGGAGAGUCCUCCUGCGGUCUUUGGGAAAGGAUCUUCAUGAGGAACUGAAGUACAUUACAGCUAUCAUUGAAGAUCAGCCAAAGAACUACCAAGUCUGGCAUCACAGACGGAUGUUGGUGGAGUGGCUGCAGGAUCCAUCCGAAGAGCUUGAGUUCGUAGCUGACAUUCUUAAGCAAGAUGCCAAAAAUUACCAUGCAUGGCAACACAGACAGUGGGUUAUUCGGGAGUUCAAAUUAUGGGACAAUGAACUAGAAUAUGUAGACCAGCUUUUGAGGGAAGAUGUGAGAAACAACUCGGUUUGGAACCAACGACACUUCGUAAUUUUCAGCACCAUCGGCUAUGAUGACCCAGUAGUCCUAGACACAGAAGUCCAAUACACUCUUGAGAUGAUCACGGCAGUGCCACAUAAUGAGAGCGCUUGGAACUAUUUAAAAGGGAUUCUACAGGAUCGUGGUCUUUCUGAGUAUCCAAAUCUGUUAGAGCAGCUGUUGAAUUUGCAGCCUAGCCACAGUUCACCCUAUCUGAUUGCCUUUCUUGUGGACAUAUAUGAAGAUAUGCUUGAGAACCAGUGUGAUAACAAGGAAGAAACACUAAACAAGGCAUUGGAGUUGUGUGAAAUUCUAGCUAAAGAAAAAGACACCAUCCGGAAGGAAUACUGGAGAUAUAUUGGAAGGUCCCUUAAGGACAAGCACGGCUCAGGCACUGAACAGAGCAUGCUGACAGACAAACAGCAGUAACUGAAUUUGGAAGAAAACUGCUCACCACCUGCUGACUGAUGCCUGGCCAGCCCCCAAGGAAUGAUCAGCAGGUGCCGGCCAACCCCCAGUCCCCAGUUUGUAUACUGAGCGUGACAUCCCAUGGUAUGGAAUACCUCUUUGGCUAGCUCAGGUCAGCUGUCCUAGCUGUGCCCCCUCCCAGUUUCUUGUGUCCCUCCAGCCCUCUGGCUGGCAAGGCCUGAGAAACUGUGAAGUCCUGGAAUUAACAUAAACAUUACCCAGCAACAAUUAAAAACCAUCAGUGUUCUGUCGACAUUGUUCUCGCAUCGUAGCCAAAACACAACACUUUACUACUUACUAAGAAGAAAAUUAACCUUAUCCCAGCCAAAACCAGGACAGUAUCCACCCCUUAUUCCAUACCAUUUAUGUCAUGCAGCAUUUUCCAAUACGUAACCACAUCUCCUGUCUUUUAAUAUAAAUACACGGAUAUCAUUCCCUUA